AAUGGUCAAAGGGAUUUGACAGGCACGCAGCUGGUGAAGGACUGGUUGUGGGCAGGGAGAGAAGAGAAUUUUCAGAAUUAUGUUGAUAUGAGCAGUUUUUAUUGGGCUCGUUAGCAGCACAAGUAACUGCAGGCAUGAUCAGUUUUUGGAAAAUUCAGGGUGCUUUUAAUUGACACGAAUCAUGCAAAGAAUGAGCCAAAUACAACAAAUGUACUGUUUGUGAUGACAAUUACGUCUUCAAUGAGACCACAGGUCUUUGAGAUUGGCUAGAAUGACCAGAUGGACAAUAUUACUCUCAUCCUUCAAAUGGGUGUCAACAAUGCUCAAGUUCUUGAAAUUCUUUAUGUGGUUACCAAUCUCAUUGAUUUGAGUGACCCCCAGAUAAAUAUUUGAACCUUGAUGAUAUGACUUGAGUUGAAUUAUGAGAUGAAGCUUUCCAGGUGCAAGUAACAGAUCCUCAACUGCAUUCUAUUCCUCUGUGAAGGAGUUUAACCUACUAUGUUGACCCACAAAGUGAGAGUACAGUUGAGUUAGGAACAAGACAGCAUCCUUAUAAGGAAUUAGACUCCGCUCUUGUGGAAAUAGUGAACUUUUACUCCCAUUCUGAAAGAAUAGUUACAGUUUUAGUCCAAGAAGGUGCAUCUGUAUAUGUAGACAGUCCCACCUACAUUGUUAACAUGACAGGAGUAGUUUUUGACACAUAUUCUGAUUGGACGGAUCAUCCCGGAUUUGCAAGGAUGGUUGGAGUAAUGAACUCUUCCAAGAUAAUCCCUCCUCCUUUAACCACUAAGUUCAAUAUACUGGCAAGUAAAGAAAAGAAGACACAGAAUCUAAUCUUUGAAAAUCCAGGUUUCAAAUCUGACGAAUUGAUUGCACUAGGAGUGGGAGAUGCUGUAUUCAAGCCCUAUCAUGCAGGUCUUACUGUGAAGAAUUUUAGAGUGGUCACUGAAUAUGAUGAUAUUGCGACUAGCCAUGCCUUGGUCACUCCUCUUAGAGUUGAUGCUAAGUCAGUCACUUUUAUUAACGUUGAUUUCAAAUGUCAGGGAACUAUUCUCUUUGCUGUUUCAACAGGUUUCAACUGGCAUAUGGAGAAUGUUGCUUAUGAGACCCAGAAUUUGUACAGACUAAAUUACAUGAUACAAAAAUGAGGAGAAUCUGGAUCGUAUAUGGGCACAAAGACUUAUUUUAAAAAUGUCACUGCUUAUAAUAGCGGAGAUAAGCCUCCCGAAUUGCACAUAGAACAAGCAAGCUCUAGAAAUUUCAUAGUAGGAGAUAUUUACUUUGAGGAUGUCAAGCUUGACACUUAUACUGGAUACAAGGUUGGAAUAAUACAAAUGUUGUUAUUCAUAGAUCAGAGAACCUGUUUGCCAGAGAAUCCUAGGCUAUAUAAUUUCACUAAUUUUGAGCUUACCACUUCUAGGGAAGCUAAAAACCCUGAGAUGGAUCAGACAGCUACUUUUGUGAUUACUUCAUUAAGUGGAACUCAGAUAAACCCAGGAGAAAUUCAUAUUCAGAAUUUUACUUGCAGGAACGACAGAUAUUAUAGGCACUACUGAGCAAGAAUAUACUCAGCAGGAUAUAAGUCAUACGCAAAUAAUCUUUAUUCUUAUAAUUCAGAAGGAAUAACUUUCUUGUUCAACGGAGAAAGGAUUUAUCUGAGUAAUAUUUUAUCCAAUAAUGUUUCAACAAUAAGCUCUCAGUCAUUUAUAGUUCAAGCACGAGUUGAGCUAGAGCUUCAGAAUAUGGAAAUGAGCAAUUCUAUCUCUCAUAAUUCUGGAGAUUCUGCAAUGAUUUCAAUCGAAUGACUAGCCUCUUGAGAAAUGAAUCUUCAGAACAUAACUUUGAACAAUUUGCAAACCUCCACUUUUAAAGGGCUAUUAUUUUUCCUUGGUACUUCGACAUCAAACCUAACUGUCAAAGACGUAUACAUUAAAAACAUAGUAAUGAGUGGAGACUCAUCAGGAAUAUCAUAUCAAUCUUUUCACAACAUCACAAUGGAAAAUAUUAUUGCUACAAAUGUGACUAAGAAGGAAGGCUCUGAUGGCAUGAACCCUCUUAUUUCCACCUCCCACUCAGUGACAUCAUCUUCUCAUGACACUCAUCAGUCAAUCUCAAACCUAAUUUUCACUCAGAGCUCAGUAUCUCUGCUCCUCAUCACUUACCCAAAAUACGAAUCGACUUCUACGAAAUCCUUGAUAAUCACAAAUGUCAGUUGCCAAGACUCGGUCUUCUCCUCUGGAACUGAUCUAAUCAGCUUUCACAACUUAGCUUCUCUAGGAGAGUACACUAUUGAGCUAACAGACUUGAAGUUCCAGAAUCUGAGCUCGAAUGGCAUCAGCAAACUGAUGCAUUUGCAGCAGCAGUCUGCACCUGCAUUAGUUAUUAGAGAUAUUCAUGUAUCUGAGGUAGCCUCAAUGGGCGCUACCAUUGAAGCAUACGACACGAAUAAUGUGUAUAACUAUACGCUAGCUGAGAUUCAUAAUAUGAUAGCCUUUAAUGUAGAUGCAGGCCAGAGAUCCCUUAUUGAGGUCAACAAACAAGCAAGAGUCACUCUUAGGAAUUCGACCUUCUUUAAUAUUAGCAAUGUUGCUAAUGGACCAGUGGUGCAUGGUGUAGAAUUAGCGUCAAUCGCUAUCUAUGAUUCAAAAUUUCACAAUAACACGUCUAACGAAGGAGGAGUAUUUGCAACUGAAGCAGGAAGUGUAAUAAAAUGAUAUCGCUGCUUAUUCACUAACAAUUUUGCAAUCGAUAGCGGAGUUAUCAAAGUUGGUCGUGAUGGCAUAUUUGAGUUUUAUGACUCUCAGUUUUAUGGCAAUAUUGCUUUUAUGUCAUCAGUGAGCACUAUAUUUUCAACCCAAUUUCAAAGCCUGUUCAAUAAUUGAACUUUCAGUGAAAAUAUCAUAUUAACAAAGGAAGAGAUUUUAACAAAUAUUGUGCCCAACAUCAUCAAAUAUCAAAAUUUGAAGGAUUAUAUUACAAGUAAUCAAUAUCUAUUUGAAACAAAAACCCCUUCUUCAUGAAUUAGGGUCGAAUUUGCAAGUCUUAGGCUGGAGAACCAAAUUAAGAGUAUUGAUCAGAAUAUGCUCCUACGAGCCGACGUUGGAACCAUCUUUAUUGAUGGUUUGAUUGCUGAGAAUACAACAUUAGUUGAUUACAUCAUUGCUGUAUCUGAGAGUGAGCUUUAUGCUUCAAAUGUUUUAAUAAGAAAUCUCUACUAUAAUAUGACAAGGAGAAAUGUUGUCUAUGUAAUUACCUCUAUCGCUACUUUCAAAAAUAUCACAAUUAUUGAUUCAAAUAUCAACCUCAUCCAAUCAGUUGUAUCGGUCACUAAUAUUGAGGGCUUAACCGCGACCAAUAUCGCAGGAGAUCACAAUAUGGUGGUUGAGUUUGUGAGAACUAGAAAGGAGGAUAUAAGCAAAACAGGUGAGAAAAUCACCUCUUCCUUAAAGAAUAUUCACAUUUCUGGUAUCACUAACAAUGGCGAUGGAAUUGUAAGAAUAGUCAGCUCAGAUCUUGAGGAGAUUCACAAUGUCUCUGUGUUUAACUGCAAUGCAAAUAUUAUUAAUGCCAGAUCGACAACGAUAAGUCAAAUCUCUCAAUUAAAUACUACCAACAAUAUUGGAGGAAUGAAACUGUUCGAUUCUAUUGUUGGAAAUUUUAAGGAUUCUAAAUUUGUCAAUUGUGGCUCACAAAAUGUGUUUGAGGGAGGAGCUAUUUAUCUCAAAAAUUCGAAUGUAUCAAUCGUCAACUCAUACUUCGAGCACAACCAAGCUAUAGCUGGUGGAGCUAUCAGCAUUAUAUGUUCAUUGCACAAUCCAUGAGCAGUGAUACUUCAAAAUAGCACCUUUUCUCAUAAUGUUGCUUUCUCUAAAGGAGGGGCCAUUUAUUAUAACUGGAAUCGUCCAGCUAUGAAAGGAUUAAAAUUUCAAAAUAAUUCUGCUCUUUAUGGCCAAGACAUUGCUAGUUAUCCAGUCAAAAUAGUAUCUAAAGGUACUCUGGUCAAUAAAAUCCCCAUCAAAGAUGUUGCUAGUGGAUUGAGGUUUACUGAUUCUCUAGACCUAGAGUUGAUAGAUUAUGAUCACCAAAUCACUAAUUUAGAAAAUUCUAAUACAGUAAAACUUUCUCCAAUCGAACAGAACACAAAUAUCAAGGGUAAUGACUUUGGGAAAAUUACGAAUGGUUCAGCGAGCAUUAGUGAUAUUAUUUUCAAAAGCCACGCAGGAAACCACCUAGUGACUUACAGCUUGACUUCGAAAGCUAUUGAUCGUAGAAAAAUACUCUCUGCUCUGAAUAAUUCUCAGGGCCAGUACGACAAUACAGUCAGUGCAAAUUUCAGAGACUGUAAGCCUGGAGAAAUACAGACUAAAGAUGACCAUUGCACAGAGUGUGCCUUCGGAACUUAUACAUUAAACUGGAAUGAGACUCAGUGUCAUGACUGCAUGGACCAUGCAAUCUGUCAAGGGAAGAAUAUUAUUCAUGUUGACUCUGGAUAUUGGAGAAAAUCUCUAAAUUCUUCAAAAGUUAUGAAAUGUAUCAAUGCUGAUGCCUGUGAUGGCGGAUUUGAAGCCCAAGAAGAAUUUCCUGUAAAAUGUUCUACAGGUUACAAAGGAUAUCUUUGAGCUAGUUGAGACAUUUUAUCCGAUACAAAGUAUGAGCCAGUAGCAAAUUUCCAGUGUGCGAAAUGCCCAGACAAAAUAGUAAAUACAAUAAGGAUUAUCCUUUUCUUUUUUUUAACGAUGAUAUUCCUAGGUGUGAUUAUUCUAUUAAACUUGAAUAAGAAGAAAGAUAACCAGAUGUCAAUUUUGUGAAGAAUAUUCACAAAUUAUCUACAACUGAUGUCUGCUGCAUUAUCUUACAAUGUAAAUGUUCCAGGCAAUUUCAGAGGGAUAUUUGCUCAGCUUGAUAAGAUAUCUUUCCAGACUUUAAAUUUCUCGUAUGAUUGAUUUAUUGAUGAUCAUGAAGUGAGGGUCUUUGCACCAUCUAUAUCCCUAUUCAAACAGUUUCUCUACUUGUGUCUUCCUGUAAUAAUAGUCCUGGUUAUGUCUGCAUGAAUUGUAAUUAUUAAAGUUAUUUUCAUGAAGGUACGGCCAAAUAAAAACUUUGAGUUGAGGAGGGCUAUUGUAGUUUCACUAAUAUGCAUUAUUUUCUUGUUACAUCCUAAGCUUACCUUUGAAGCAUUAUCUGCUUUCAGGUGAACUCAGGUCGAUAGCAAUGAUUACAGAAUGACCCUGCAUAUGGACUUUAAGUGAUUCUCGAUUGAUCACAUUAUGUGGUGCUUCUUGGUUGGGGUUCCAAUACUUAUUAUCUACGUAAUUGGUUGCCCUCUUAUUGCUUUUGUACUCCUAACUAGGAACAAGAGUGACCUUCAGAAAUGGAAUUUCAGGAAGUACUUCUUCAUACUCUAUCAAGGACUCAAGCCAGAAAGAUAUUACUGGGAAUUUGUAAACACCUUGAGGAAAUUUACCAUACUCGCAAUCAGCUUAACACUAGUGUCUAUUUCAGUCAAUGCAAAGCUUCUACUUUCAGUCGUGUGCAUGAUUGCCUUAGUAAGAUUACAGAACUCUUUAAAACCAUACAAAAGAGCAGAAAAUAAUAAAAUUGAGCUACUCGGAAUUCUUGCUGGCACAGUGACUAUCUUCUGUGGUAUUAUAUUCCAGCGGCAUAAAGAGGGAUAUUCUGGCUUUUACACCCUUGCAACAGUUGUAGUAUUCCUUCUAAAUUUUAAUUUUAUAAUCCAAUUUUGAUAUUUGCUACUGCUAUCACUUGAGUGCAAAAAUGAGUAUUAUAAAUGAGUUCUCAAAGUGUUUACAAAGAUAUUGUGCAAAAAGUAUACUGACCCUGAGAAGAGUGAUAACAUACAAUUUUCUACUGAUAAAACUCCAAUUGAUGGUUCAUUACUUAAGGAUGAUAACUCAAAGCCUCAGAAAAUCCUUAGGAAAAAUCACAAACGGAGAAUGUUCAAAUUGAAGAAAUCGAAAAAGUUUCCUAGAAAUCGACGUACAAAAAGAGCUCCGAAAUCAAAGAAUAAAAGCCCGAAAAAGGAACUGAAAAGUACAAAAUGGAUGGAAGAAGAGCGCAAAGAAAGCACAUUAAAUAUAAACCCAACUUCUAUUUAUCCAACUACAAAUCGUCUUCGCCCAACUACUAAUGAGAAUGGUAACUUUUCAUAAUGAUGCCCAGUUUUGACUUACCCGUAUUAUAGAUCAUAUUAGCUCAAUGUCCAGGAUGUCUUCAAUUUCGCGUUCGCCACUAUACCCUGUUUCAAAGGCGACAGUAGUUCAUUAUGGUAAGAAUAAGAAGCAGAAUAGAUAUGAUCAAGAAUAUUCUCUUGAAUAAAUAGCACAUAAAGUUUGCUGCUAGUCGGAAUGAAAAGUAAAUACUAUGGCUCAAGCAGCAAAAGACAGUACUGAUGUGACUAGAUUUCUCAUUCAGGAGUGACUCAGAGAAAGUUUGUCCAUCAUUAUUAAGAAUUUUAAUAAGCUAUAUAAUUCUUGAUUUCAA